CAUACAUGGUCGUUCCAAUUCGCCCAUGGCCACUUGGUAGCAAGUGAAAGCGGCUGCUUUGGCGCUGUGCCGGAAGCCAAUGGACCAAGAAGGCGGAUGCACCUCCCAGGCCCGGCGCUUGGCCUUGGCUCAUGGCGAUUGGGAGAAGGCCCAUGGCCCUUUGAAAGGUGCUCAGCUGGGGCACUUGUCGCGGCUGCAGGGCUAUGCCCCCACAGAGGCGCAGCUGAAGCCUUACCAGGAGUCCGAGCGGAUUUCCGCGGAGAACUUUGUGAAGUUCUGCGAAGAGGUCGGCUAUGAGGAUCCGUCCUUCGAGGAGCUGAGCUCGGUCUUUGCGCCCUUCGACCCGGAAGGCACGGGGCAGAUCCCCAAGGAGGUGUUCCUGCAUCUCAUGACCUCUGUGGGCGAUCGCUUUGAAGCCGAAGAAGUGGACUCCAUGAUGGUGGACCUACAGAGCGGCAAAGAAGCACUGUGCCAGGUCAUGCCCUUUUUGGGCGUAAAGGUGGGCGAGGUGAGCGAGGGCCCGCUCAGUUGCCGAGGCCGGGUUGGUGUAGUUACGAAUCAAGUGGGCGCGGGAGUUGAGGCCAGACAAACGUAGCCGUUGGGAACCUGCGGAAGCGUGGUCGCUGAUCUUCCAUGGGGCAUGUGGUGGGAUGUAGGUGAUCGCGCGUUGAGUGAGAUCCACAUCGAAGCCACUGGAGGUGCAUGUCCUCCACAGGUCGCAGCUCUACUGGAUUGCGGAAGAAACCCGGAUGAAUCAAAGUUUGGAUGCCGAUGUGGUUCAGGAAGGUAUCGUUGAACGUGAUGAAGCGAUUGUCGACAUAGCGAUAGUAGGCAAAGUGCAUCUGGGUGUGGUGGGUCAGGCUGUGGUGCAAUUGAGUCCAGGAGUGUUCGAUGAGGGUAGUGGCGACAUUGCACAAGGCAGGUGAGAGUUGGGACCCAAUCCCUGCUCCACGUGUCUGUUUGAAGCUUUUUCAAUGGUUGGAAUGUCUUCCGUGUCGAUGGUGCGUUGCGUGGGGUGGCGGCGGUGAUGUUGUCCAAUGUGGGACAAUUGGAUGGGAUUGCCGGCGGCCAAAAUGUCAAUGGUGAGAGUGGGUGUGUCAUACGUGGGAUUCCACUUGGUGGUGAGGCUUGUUACCGCGUCCAGCAGGCGGUUUUGUGGUACUGAGUUGAAGAACCCAACGAGGUCAUCAUUGAUGGCGUGUAGAGUAAUGUGUGAAGGUAGUAAAAGGCGGAGGAUCACAGUUGUGAUUGCGGUGGAGGCAGCUCGAAGAGUACCGAAGUGGGAUUUGAAGUACGAAAUGAUGGUGCGGCCUUUCUGCCAGUGCUUCUUGGCUUUCAGGUGGACGAUGCCAUAAGGCAUGGUGAAUUGGGCACGAAAGCCCCAUCGGUAUUUUCUGCGUAGGUGGCCUGGGAAGGCUUGCUGGAGGUGGAGUCGAAUGGUGUCGUUGGUGUGAUCCGGGAGAGGUUGGAAAAGUUCAGGUGACUGCCAGGUGGCAAGACAUCCUUGGAAAUAGAUCUUCGGGCAAAAGACCCGCAGGUGUUGCAGUUCAUGGUCGGCGUGGUGGAGGACUACCUGGUCACCAAGGAAGUGUUGCAACUGUUUGAUGGAACGUGCUGUGAAUCGUGGUUCGGUGUGUAGAUGUUGGAGGUGUUAGUGCCAUUGGUCGGCCAGGGAAUGCUGGGCGUGUGCGACAAGCGUAGGUGGCAAUCCGUGAUGUUUCAGCCGGCUUUGUGGAAAGUGCCAAACAAAGUAUUGGUGUUUGGUAGGAAAGAAGUGCUGCUCAUGUUGGCGCCAAGGAAAUGGCGCAGGUGGGGUGGCAGUUGUAGGUCAUCCAAUGUGACAAUGAGGUGAUCAGCUGCUCGUGGGUGGUCCCUUUGAUCUAGUAGUGUGCUGAGGUGUGUACAGACGCAGGGGAGCUGUUCCUCGUGAGGGGGAUAGUGGAAAACCUGUUGCGGUACUUCAAGGCUUCGUUGAGAAUGUGCAUGGCUGCAUGGCCUUGCUCCGUCCUGGUUCUUCAAGCCUGGCGGCCACACGUCGAAUGGCGUAGACCUCGAGUUCUGAGUAGCGACCUGAGCGAAGCUGGCGCGCGGUAUCGUAGGAAGCUCGAAUGGGUUUGGUCAGUUUAUGUAAGACAGUGAGUGCAUGUAGUUUGUGGGAUGUGUGUAGGACUGGUUGCUUGGUGGUGCGUAGACGUCGUCUCAGGCGACGGAAAAGUCUGUAGUGAUUGGCCAGGCGUGGGUAGAAAUGGGCGCGGUGGCGUGUGAAUUGCCAGCCGUCAAGCUUGAGUUUGAGGUGUUGUGAUACAAAUGGCCAGUUGAGUUCGUAGACCCAUGCUUGGUCAUAGUCCGAAAAGGUAGAAAUGUGUAUGGUGGAGUAGUUGGUGAUGGUGCCUGCGGAGUGCCAGUGCGGAGUGAAAGUUCCGCUGAAAUGGGUGUGUUGUGUGAGAGUUGUUUGAGUUUGGCUUGUCUGUUGGUGACAUGGCCGGUGGAUUGACGGUUGGUAGUGCUGGUACUGC